AUGCUCACCAGAACCCCGAGUGUUGUUGCCCAAGUGUUCCUUCUUCUAAGCAUAGUUCUUGUUAUUGCUAUUGCAGUGAUUCAGAUAAAUCAGCAACAGGUCCUCUCCCCAGGGCUUAAGUAUGGAAUAGUCCUUGAUGCUGGAUCCUCUCGGACUACAGUCUAUGUCUAUGAGUGGCCAGCGGAAAAAGAAAACAACACGGGAGUAGUGAGCCAAACCUUCAAGUGCAAUGUGAAAGGCCCUGGUAUAUCCAGCUAUGAGAGUAGCCCUGGAGCUCUUGCCGAGCCUCUUGAUGACUGUCUGAAUAAAGUCAAGGAGAGAAUACCAGUUCAUCUGCAUAAAAACACUUCUGUUUAUCUGGGUGCUACAGCUGGCAUGAGACUGCUGAGGUUGCAAAAUGAAUCGGCAGCCAAUGAAGUCCUUGCAAGCAUUCAAAACUACUUCAGAUCACAACCUUUUGAAUUUAGGGGUGCGCAGAUCAUAACUGGGCCAGAGGAAGGGGUGUAUGGAUGGAUAACGGCCAACUAUUUAAUGGGCAAUUUCUUAGAGAGAAACCUUUGGAGGACAUGGGUCCAUCCUUACAGAAAAGAGACUAUGGGUGCAUUGGACCUUGGAGGAGCUUCCACUCAAAUUUCAUUUAUCCCUGAGGACCCUGAGAAGCACUUCAAUAGCACCUUGCAAGUGAAGUUAUAUGGUUACAACUACAAUGUCUACACUCACAGCUACCAGUGCUAUGGGAGAGAUGAAGCUGAGAAAAGGCUUUUAGCAUUGCUGUUCCAGAAAUCAAACACCAGUGCCAAUGUGGAUAAUCCCUGUUACCCUCAAAACUAUAACACAGCAUUAGAGAUGAAGUACUUCUUUGGCAGCCUUUGUACACAGUCUCUGAGACCAGCAAAUUACUACCCAAACCAGCUUGUGAAUUUCCAUGGAACAGGAGACCCAGGUCUGUGCCAGGAGAUGGUUUCUUUAUUGUUUAACUUCACUGCUUGCAGAGACAGAGAGGACUGUUCAUUUAAUGGAAUACAUCAGCCAAGAGCUAAAGGGAAUUUUGUGGCUUUCUCUGGAUUCUACUAUACAAUUAAUGCUUUGAAUUUAUCUGGGCACUUUUCUCUGGAUGACUUCAAUUCAAGUAUGUGGUUUUUCUGUUCACAGAGCUGGUCACAGCUCCAGUUUAUGCUGCCUAAAUUUGAAGAAAUAUAUGCCAGAUCCUACUGUUUCUCAGCCAAUUUCAUAUAUUACUUGCUUGUACAUGGUUACAACUUCAAUGCAGAAACUUGGCCACAGAUACAUUUUCAAAAGCAGGUUGGUAACAGCAGUAUAGCGUGGUCACUCGGUUACAUGUUAAGCCUCACAAACAUGAUUCCAGCAGAAGGCAAGCUGAUCCAGUUACCUCUGAAACCUUCUCUGUUUGCUGGGCUCCUCGUCUUCCUCACAGCCACAGCACUGUUGUGUCUCCUCUUCCUCGUCUACUUGUGCAUUGUAUCGCAUCACCGGAAGAACAUCCCUCACGUUGAACACGUAUUUAUUGCAGAAUGAAUGAAC